UGACCAUCAAAGCCUAGCUAAUUGGAAGAAGAAGAGGAAGGAAUUAAUUCAUCAUAUCAAAACAUAUUCCAUCUUCUUAUUCUUCUAAUGAGGAAGCCAGAUCAUUCAUCAUCAAUGAUGAAGGAGAAAGGGAAUAGUUGUAAUAAUAAUAAUAAUAAUACUAAGGCAAAACUAAGAAAAGGGUUAUGGUCACCAGAGGAAGAUGAGAAGCUGAUGAAUUACAUGUUAACAAAUGGGCAAGGCUGUUGGAGUGACAUUGCUAGAAAUGCUGGCUUGCAAAGGUGUGGCAAAAGCUGUCGCCUCCGUUGGAUUAAUUACUUGAGGCCUGACCUUAAACGCGGCGCCUUUUCUCCUCAAGAAGAAGAACACAUUGUUCAUUUGCAUUCCAUUCUUGGAAAUAGGUGGUCACAAAUUGCAGCUCGUCUUCCAGGGAGGACUGAUAAUGAAAUCAAGAAUUUCUGGAAUUCCACAAUAAAAAAGAGAUUGAAGAAUAAUAACAACAACAAUAACAACAACACGUUAUCGCCUAACACCAGCGACUCCUCAUCCGACCCUAGGGCACUCAUGGGAGGAAUAAUCCCUAUGCAAGGACACGACGUAAAUCAUGUCAUGGCAGCCUUAUGCAUGGACAAUUCCUCAUCUACUAGCAACCAUUUUAAUCCUUUCCCUCAACUUGACAGUACCAACUACGACAUAAUCGGAGCUGGUUUAUACAAUUUUCCACCUUGUUUAGGUCAAUUUGAUGGAGAUGCCGGCGUUGUGGAUUAUGGUGUUGUGGAAAAUUAUAGUACGAUGGGGUUAGGAAGUGAUUUUUCAGUUCCCACAUUAGAGGGUGGUGGAAAUAAGAGUAUGGGGGAGAAUAAUAAUAAUGUUAACUUUAGUAGUAGUAAUAUUAAUGCUGCUAAUAUUGACUAUAAUUCCAUGAUUGAAAAGAAAAUUAAUGGAAACAACAACCAGCAGUUGAUGUUGAGUGAGACUAGUAGUGAUCAAAGUCUCAAAGUUGAAGACUAUAUGGUUGGUUUUGGGAAUCAUCAUCAACAUCAUUGGCAUGGAGAAAGCUUAAGAAUGGGAGAAUUUGAUUGGGAAGGUUUGUUGGCAAAUGUUUCCUCCUUACCUUACCUUGAUUUUCAAGUUGAAUAACUACUCUCUCCAACCCUCCACCCCACCCCCACACAAUAAAGACACAAAUACCCUUUUCCCAUAUUUUUUUCUUUUUCUUUUGGAUAAUUGGGAAAUCUGCGAAAGCUAGCGGCUAAAGAUUCUAAACUCGAAAGAUGAUAGGCUUGCUCUUCUACCUUUCUUCACCUAAAUACCAACGGUAUUGUCUUUCCAAGUCUUCUUCCAUCUAUUCGUUUUACUUAAAUCAUUUCCACAAUUUACAGAAAAUUUUGAGAUACGUAAACUUCUUUUCUUUAUUUUCCAUUAUAAAACACUUCGACUAGAUUUUCUUUUGUAGUUGGCAUUUUUUUUUUUGUAUACAUGUUCUUCCUUCGUAUUGAUCUUUUUGUUCCCUUCAACCAAAAGUUCCUUCAUUAAGAUUCAUAGACGUUUAGAAAUAAGUCUUCAAAUUUGGAAACACAUUUUCAGUGAGGGCAGUUUUAAUCAUUAUCAAGGAUUAUGGAGAUACGGGGGAAAUAACCCUUCUCAAGAAGCAAAGUGUGAAUAGAGAAUGAGCACAUAAUACAUAUAUAGAAGAUUACAAAGAGAAAGUAAAUAAAAGGGCCAGUUGUUGAUUUGUAAGCAGUCUUUGUACAUGUACAGAUAUGGAUCAAUAAUCUUUUGAAGAUAAUUAGUGAGUUACACGUUUAUCAGAAUACGGAUGGAGAGAAUUGUUGUACGUUCUUUAAUUUGUAUACACAAAGGAAUAAG